AUGGAUACCUCCCCAACUCCAAGGCACAGUGUAGUAAACAGAGAUUGCGAAAGUAAUCUGAAAAGACCAUCACCCGACUCCAUGCAAGAAGAGGACAGCAAACAAAGAAGAAUUGACCAAAAUGACGAGGCCUAUGCAACAAACACUCCACUGUUCCUAGUCUUCAAGUCGAGAGAUGAAAGAAACCCUCUAUCCAAAGCUAGCCCCUUCCUUAUUAACAAGGCAAUUGUAGGAGCAGGAGGCCAGCCAAACUCCAUUAAGAAACUUCGAGAUGGAACUGUUCUGGUGGAAGCGGUUGAUAGUAAACAAUCGAAACAACUACUGAAGAUGACCUCAUUCUUUGAUCAAUUUCAAGUAGUAGUUCAACCCCAUGGUACCCUGAACUCUUCAAAGGGUAUCGUUUUCAGUAGGGAGCUGCUUGAAUGCAAUCUAGAUGAGGUAAAAGAAGAACUCAAACCUAGUUUCGUAACUGAUGUCGUCAGAAUAACCCGGAUGGAAGGAACGAAUCAAAUCGCAACUCCCGGGCAUAUCCUAACCUUCAACUUACCCCACCCUCCGGAGACGAUUAAGGCAGGAUAUCUUGUUCUUUCUGUACGUCCGUACUUUCGAAACCCACAGCGAUGUUUUCGAUGUCAAAAGUUCGGACAUUCUAGUAAAGUAUGCCAAAACAAAGAACUGUGCGUACAAUGCGGUAAGGAAGACCACAACGAAAAGACAUGCAACAUAGAACCCUUCUGCGUUAACUGCAAAGGAAAACACUCCGCAGCUUCAAGAAAUUGUAAGAUAUACCUAGAAGAAAAGGAGGUAAUAAAGAUUGCCACAGUUAACAAGCUGUCAUUCGUGGAUGCUCGCAAAGAGUAUAGAAGACGAACAGCUCAACUGCCGAAGAAAGAUGUGUCUUACGCAAAAGCUGCUGCCUCGACAACCCGAGAUACUCCUUCCUGUUCUCAUUGUUCUUCCUUGGAGGCGAUGGUUGAAGCCCUGACACAACAAAUGGCAAAUUUCAUUAGUUUACUCUCGGCUAACUUCAAUCCAAUCCCCCAAGUACAACAGAAGCUACUUCCAGCGAAGACAUCUGACGAUCCUCGUCUACAGAGCACUAGAGCAAAAUUCCUAAAAACACCAAACGAAAAAACUAAUGUAUCCGAGAAACUAAAGCCUCAACAGCAAACGCCAGCUGAAAGAAAAGCGCUCAACGACAAACUAAAAUAG